AUGGAGGAAGAAAAGAAGAAGAAAAAAAACAAGAAGAAGAAGAAUAAGCAAGCUACUAAGCCGACAGAAAGUGUCACACUUGAUGCUAGCAAAUCGACUUCCGACGGCCAAAGCCAUGUUAUUGAGGUGGAACAAAAUAGUAACUAUGAAGUAUCAGGAGUUAAAGGUUCGUCAAAAGAAGCUCAACGGUGUAGAGAUGUUGACAGCGGUUUGAAUCAUGCCAAUGGCAGUAAAGAAGCAAAUUUACCCAAGUCUGAGAAGCAGUAUUGGCUGGGCAGAGAGGCUAGUUUUCUUGAAAAAGUUAAAGAACUUGAAGCUGAAAAGGAUGCCUUAAUACAGAAAGAGGGUUCCCUGGAAGAGAGAAUCAAUCAGUUGUUGCAGGAAAAGGCUGAAAUUGCACAAAAAGAGGCUAGUGAAAGAGAAAAGGUCAAACAUUUAUGUAAUGAGAAGAAUGCAUCCAUACAGAAUGAGGCUCUGCUGGAGGAGAGAAUCAAGCAGUUGCAGAAGGAAAUGGAUGAAAAUGCACAGAAACAGGCCAGUGAAAGAGAAAAUAUCAAGCAAUUACAUGAUGAAAAGAAUGCAUCCAUGCGUAAUGAGGCUGGCCUAAAGGAGAGACUUGCGCAGUUGGAAAGCGAAAAGGACGUUUGGAGCUGCGAUAAGAGUAUUCUGGAGCAGAAUAUUCUACAGUUACAGAGGGAGGUGGAAGUUUACCGGCAGAAAGAGGCUAGUCUAGAAGUGAAAAUUCUGCAACUGGAGGGUGAGAAGAAUUCAUGGGUCCAGAAAGAGGUGAGCUUACAAGAAAAGAAAAAGCAGAUGGAAAAAGAAAGAGAUUCAUGGAUCCUGAAAGAGUUCUCAGCCGGGGAAUCUGUUGCCAGCCUUACUGAUGAAGUUAUCAAAUUACGAGCUCAGGUGAUAGAGCUGGAGAGUUCAAAGGAAGGCCUCCUAGACGAUAAACUACAGUUGACAAAAACUGUGUCCGGUCUACAGUUGCAAAUCAGUAAUCUUGAGAAUGCUGCUGCUAACAAAGUGACUUCUGAAGAUGGGGAUGCGAACCGCCAGCUGGAAGCUGCAUGUGCACUGGUUAAGAAAUUGGUUAUGGAAAAUUCAGAGCUCGUUGAAAAGAUAAAUGAGCUGUAUGCUGAGCUUGACCGAAGGGGCAUAGGAAGAGGCCAGAUUUCUUCUGAAGCCACUCGAGGGGCUGUAACUGAUCAAUCUUCUGUUAUCUCAGCUUCUGCACCCGAAUUGACAAUGUCGGUUAAUGGUGGCCACAAUGCUAAUCAACCAACUGAUAUAAUAUCUAAAGCUAGCAAGACAAUGCCCGCAUCAGAGUUUUUUGAAGAUGUCACUGUUGAGGAUCAGAAGAACAGUGAGCCCAUGAAGAUCUAUGAUGGCCGUGGGCUUGAAAAAACAUCAGAAAUUGUAGAGGUCGAUGAAAUCGUGCAUAUCCCAUUAGACGAGACUGAAACUAAAGAAAAGAAUGUGGGGUUGCCUCAGGAUGAUGACGUUGGACUCGUUGAUUCCCCUCUGAUUGGUGCCCCAUUUCGUUUAAUAUCCUUUGUUGCUAGAUAUGUUAGUGGAGCUGAUUUAGUCGAUAGUAACUGA